ACCAGAUAGUCAAUUACCACAACGGAAGAGAACAUCCUCGCAAACUAAGAGACGGAGUCUCUUCCUUCCUCUACGCCUAUAUACGGCUUAACAGCCAGGCAUAGUUGCUAUAGUACCACCCAAUUUGUAGUUCCAUGGCCUCAUUACAUGAGAGGAUUCUUGUUACGCUGCUCUCUUUGUUAAUGUUAGUGGCCGCAACAACAACAUUGCUAGCAGCGGCGCAGACCCUAGUGCCGUCUCCUCAAGCCAAGCCAGGAUGCCUAGAGAAGUGCGGUGGUCUCACAAUCCCAUACCCGUUUGGCCUAGGCGAAGCUUGUUCCAUGCGACCCGAGUUCACCCUCACUUGCGAUGAAUCCACCACAGCACCCCCAUCAGCAAAUUUUACAAACAGUACCUUUACCUUUCCCAUCACCAUUACUAACUUUUCCCUUGUUGACGGUGAGUUACAAGUAAUGCAGGAGAUAGCCAGAAAUUGCUAUGACGAGGAGGGUUAUAAUACAAACAGCAGCAGUUCACUCGAGCUGCCUCCUUCUUACACCAUCUCAACCAAAAACAACUUCUUUACCCUUGGCUGCAACGUUUUAGCAGUCUAUCUGCAAGGUGUGGAUGUGGGCUACCAAACCGGAGUAAAUGUGGCCUUAUGUAUGGAUAUUCUUGGCGAGGAAUUGACCGAGUCUUGCAUCGGCGUUGGGUGCGCCCAAACUUCCAUCCCUAGUGGACUGCAAAACAUUUCAAUUGGACUGGCUUCACUUAACGGCUAUAACGCGAAUGAUCCCUGGGAAUCAAACUACAAGUGCAGCUACGCUUUCAUCGUUGAAGAAGGCAACUUCACAUUCGCACCGAAAACAAGUUUUCAACAACUGAAUACAACAAUUCAACAGCUUCCGGUGGCUGUUAAUUGGGCAAUCGGGGACGAGCCAUGUGCAGUAGCGAAGAACCUAACUGAUUAUUCGUGCAAAGAGAAUACAAUUUGUGUCGACCGAAGUACCAUCAGUACUGAGACGGCUGCAGGUUACAUUUGCCGGUGCUUGCCAGGCUACGAAGGGAACCCGUACCUCGGUUGUCGGGAUAUCGAUGAGUGCACGACCUCAUCAAGGGACCCCUGCACGAAUGGAAAGUGCGUAAAUUCACCUCCAGGGAAUUACUCGUGUAAAUGUAAUAAAGGAUUCAGAAACCAAGACGACAUGACUUGCAUCCCAUAUUCCUGGUUAAACAACACUUCCCUAAAAAUAUCAUUAGGUGUCAGUAUAGGCUUCUUGGUUUUAGUGGUCGUAAUUUCGUGGAUGUAUUGGGAAAUAACAAAAGGAGGCUCAUCAAACUCAAAAAGAAGUACUUCAAAGAAAACGGUGGCUUAACAUUACAACAACAACUCGC